AUGGCAAUUAAGGAUCGUGUAUCUCUACAACAGACCUAUACCUUAGCAGAUACAGUUAGCCUAGCCGAGAAGGUAGAGCGACAACUCGGACGAAAUAGUAAAGGAUCAUGGGUAGCUUUCGAUGGGUCGCACACGAGUUUCAAACGUGGUGGAAGUAAACAGCCUCAAACUGUUUCCGAGCAGGAUGCAACAACGGAGAAGGGCAAGGGUCCAGCGACAACAAAAGCAAAGAAGCCUACCCCAGCGAACUCUUAUGCCAAGCCUGACCCGAUCAAGUGUUACAGGUGUGGACAGUCUGGUCAUCGAUACAAUCAGUGCCCUAAAAGAGGUACUGUGAACAUGGUGGAUCAUGAAGAUGAGGAUGCAGACCGAGACGAUGAUGAAGACUAUGAUAAUGGGUUGGACGCUGAUGAUGAUGGGGAACAACUCUCAUGUGUUGUGCGGCGACUAUUGUUGGCUCCAAAAGCAGAAGAACCAUCACAGAGGCAUAACAUCUUUCGAACGAGAUGCACGGUGCAACAGAAGAUCUGUGAUGUCAUCAUUGAUAGUGGGAGCAGCGAGAAUAUUGUCUCUCGGCACAUGGUUGAGAAGUUAGGGCUGAAGACGGAGAAGCAUCCCGCUCCUUACAAGAUUGGCUGGAUUCGCAAGGGUAAUGACAUACAGGUUGAUGAAGUGUGUCGGGGGGAAGAUAACAUUUACAUUUUCAAGAAGGAUGGUCACCGAAUUGUGCUCAAGCCUCUAACCGAAAAGGGGCCUAUCAAAACCAAUGUGGCUGAAAAGAAGAAUUUCUUGGUCGUUAACAAUGAAGACUUUAUGAAAGAUGUGAAGCAGUCUGAUGAGAUUUAUGCCCUUGUAGUUUUAAGAAAAGAGGAGUCUACCACUGCCGAUAUUCCACUUGAAGUACAGACCCUCUUACAUCAAUUUGAUGCAGUUAUGCCUGAUGAUCUUCCUUCUGAAUUACCCAUGCUUAGGGACGUUCAACAUCAGAUCGAAUUUAUCCCUGGAUCUCGACUACCAAAUCUGCCACACUAUAGGAUGAGUCCGAAGGAAGGAGAGAUUUUGCAGAAGCAGGUGGAUGAUUUCAUCCAGAAGGGCCUUAUACGACCUAGCAUGAGUCCGUGUGCAGUGUCAGCACUACUAGUCCCAAAAAAGAACGGAGAGUGGCGUAUGUGUGUGGAUAGUAGGGCUAUCAACAAGAUUACAGUGAAGUAUAGAUUUCCUAUUCCACGCUUGGAAGACAUGCUAGACAUGUUAUCUGGUUCAAAAGUGUUCUCCAAGAUAGAUCUCAAAAGCGACUAUCAUCAGAUUCGGAUUAGGGAAGGAGAUGAGUGGAAGAUUGCUUUCAAGACAAAAGAAGGCCUGUACGAGUGGUUAGUUAUGCCUUUUGGUCUUUCUAAUACCCCUAGCACUUUCAUGCGAUUGAUGAAUCAGGUAUUAAAACCCUUUAUCGGCAAGUUCGUUGUAGUUUACUUUGAUGAUAUCCUGAUUUAUAGGCAGAGUGAGGCUGCACAUCUGGACCACUUGAGGGAGGUAGUAACAGUUUUGUAG